AUGGCGGCCGCAGCAAAAAAGAGUAAGAAGGGGAAGACCAUCUCCCUAACAGACUUUCUAGCUGAGGAUGGGGGUACUGGUGGAGGAAGCACCUAUGUCCCCAAACCAGUCAGCUGGGCUGAUGAAACAGACGACCUGGACGGAGAUGUGUCAACAACUUGGCAUAGUAACGAUGACGAUGUGUAUAGGGCACCUCCAAUUGACCGUUCCAUCCUUCCCACUGCUCCACGGGCUGCUCGGGGACCCAAUAUCUACCGGAGCCGUCUUCCCAAAUCACCACCCUACACUGCUUUCCUAGGAAACCUGCCCUAUGAUGUGACAGAAGACUCCAUUAAGGAGUUCUUUAGAGGACUAAAUAUCAGCGCUGUACGCUUACCACGUGAACCCAGCAAUCCAGACAGGUUAAAAGGCUUUGGCUAUGCAGAAUUUGAGGACCUUGAUUCUCUGCUCAGUGCUCUGAGUCUCAAUGAAGAGUCUCUAGGUAACCGGAGAAUUCGAGUGGAUGUUGCUGAUCAAGCACAGAAUAAAGACCGGGAUGAUCGCUCUUUUGGUCGAGACAGAAAUCGGGAUUCUGACAAAACAGACACGGACUGGAGAGCCCGUCCUGCCGCAGACAGCUUUGAUGACUACCCACCUAGAAGGGGCUACCAUAGCUUCGGAGGCAAGUAUCGAGAUCGUUACGAUUCAGACCGGUAUCGGGAUUCAGACCCGUAUCGGGAUGGAUACCGGGAUGGGUAUCAGGACAGCCCACGUCGAGAUAUGGAUCGCUAUGGGGCCCGGGAUCGCUAUGAAGACCGAGGCAGAAGAGACUAUGCCCGAGGCUAUGACUCCAGGGUAGGCAGUGGCAGAAGAGCCUUUGGCAGUGGGUACCGUAGGGAUGAUGACUACAGAGGAGGUGGAGAUCGCUAUGAAGACCGAUACAACAGAAGGGAUGACCGGUCAUGGAGCUCCAGGGAUGAUUACUUCCGGGACAAUUAUAGGCGUGAUGGCAGAGGUCCCCCCCAAAGACCCAAACUGAAUCUAAAGCCUCGGAGUACUCCUAAGGAAGAUGAUUCCUCUGCUAGCACCUCCCAGUCCAGCCGAGCAGCUUCUAUAUUUGGAGGGGCAAAACCUGUUGACACAGCUGCUAGAGAAAGAGAAGUAGAAGAGCGGCUGCAGAAGGAGCAGGAGAAGUUGCAGGGGCAGCUGGAUGAGCCAAAACUAGACCGCCGGCUGCGGGAGAGACACCCAAGUUGGCAAAGUGAAGAAACUCAGGAAAAGGAACGGUCAAGGACAGGAAGUGAGUCAUCGCAGACUGGGGCCUCAGCCACAUCUGGUAGAAAUACACGAAGGAGAGAGAGUGAGAAGUCUCUAGAAAAUGAAACCCACAAUAAAGAAGAAGACUGUCACUCUCCAACCUCCAAACCUCCUAAACCUGAUCAGCCUCUAAAGGUAAUGCCAGCCCCUCCACCAAAGGAGAAUGCGUGGGUGAAGCAAAGCUCUAACCCUCCUGCUCGAUCUCAGAGCUCAGACACAGAGCAGCAGUCCCCUACAAGUGGUGGAGGGAAAGUAGCUCCAGCUCAUUCCUCUGAGGAUGGACCAUCAAGGAAAGAUGAAAACAAAGUAGAUGGGAUGAGUGUCUUAAGAGGCCAAACUGGGAGCUCCAGUCGCGGUCCUGGAGACGGAGGGAGCAGAGACCACUGGAAAGAGUUGGAUAGGGAAGAAGGCAAAAACGAUAAAGACUCGAGAUCUGCACCUGAGCCAAAGAAACCUGAGGAGAGCCCGGCCUCUAAGUUCAGCUCUGCAAGCAAGUAUGCUGCUCUCUCUGUGGAUGGUGACGAUGAGACCGAGGGAGACGAGCACAAUGAGUAGACCUCCACAAGCUGUGCUUUCCUCUAGUCUCCACCUCGGAACACUCAAGGGCAAAUCAA